AUGGAGGCGCUGCUUUCACUGUCCUUUGACAACAUCGCGUCAAAGGACACAGCCAAGAUUCGCAAAGGGCUGCGCCAGAUCGAGGGCAUGCUCGCGCACAUCUGCCUCGACGGCAGCAAAACAAAGCCGGCCAGAGACGGACAUCGACGGAAUCAAUCGGCGGUUACUGCCAGCGAGCAAGAGGAGCCAAAGAAGCUUGGAGAGCUGUCCGACGACCCUGCGUUUCGAGAGUUCUUCAGACUACAGGAUGGAUUUGAGUGGAAUGUCACCACCCGUGUCGCAGAUUGCCUGGAACGAAUACUCGGCAUGGGCAGCAGUAAGAAUGGCCAGAACGACUUGCUCAUCCUGGCAUCGCUGGCGAAUCUCCAAGGCCUACUUCUCCUGCAUCCACCGUCGCGCAUCCUCUUCGGUCGCGAAGUAUACAUGAACCUCCUCCUCGAUCUUCUCGACCCGUACAACUGCCCAGCUAUUCAAUCACAGUCGAUUCUCGUCCUCGUCACAGCUCUGCUCGCCACACCGCAGAACACCCGCGUAUUCGAACAGAUGGACGGCCUGCUUACCAUCACCAGUCUGCAGAGCGACGAGGAGACAACACAGAACGUCAAGCUCACAGUAUUAGAGUUCUUGUACUUCUAUCUACUGCCAGAGGCACCGCCGCCGUCGAGGAAGCUUGCCGGCGCAUUUGAGAGAGAGAGACGAGGGAGUACGGACAGCUCGAAAAGUAUUGCAAACAAGAACACACGGUCGCAAGAAGAGAAGCAGCGCAUGCUGGGCAAAUACAUCGCCAACGUCGACUGCUUGUUCGAGGAUUUGCAAGACUCAGACCCCUUCGCCAGUGUAAGGGUAUGA